AUGGCCUCAUCCACUGGCUACCUGCUCACCCUCCCUCUCAUCCUAGGACCGGCACUGUCGACCCAGGUCUGCCCGCGCUUCCCAGACAUCCAAGCCUUCCCAACCACCGCGCAAGCCGGCCCAGCCAACGGCCGCUUCACCUCGUGCGACAACGCCUUCGACAGUCCCAAAGUCCAAGCCGCGAACGCCACCACCUACGACUGGUGCGUGACGGAGAACUUCACCAACGUGGACUUCGUGCAGAUCUUCGGCACCUUCGCCAACGGGACCACCUUCGCAUAUUUCCUGUUCGCCAAGGACGCAGCCCUCGUGGCUACCAUGGGCGAUGGGUCGAGCGGGCGCUGGCGCGGCACGGGGGUCUCCUGGGACGGCAGCCCGGAUCUGUCCGAUUACCUCGUCACGCUGGAGGCAAGCCACUUGGGCUUCGAGGGGACGUUCUCCAUGCACUCAGUCGCGCUCCCACACUACCCCUGCAGCCCUAAACGCGCCAAUCAGCCCCUAGAGGUUCUCCCGGGAGUAGGCUGGGCCAACGCCGUCCCCGAUGCCGACGUGACGGUCAACAUGAUGGUACAGGGCUCGCCGUUGAGCUUCAUCGGAACCGGAUAUCACGAUAAGACCUCCCUAAUAUAUACCCCCUUCACCACAGCAGUAGGAAGCUGGUACUGGGGCCACGCGCGCAUAGGCCCGUACUCCCUGGUCAGGCUGGGCGCGCUGGACGCGAACCAGACCGAAUACGCGAGCGGCUACGUGGCGUACCAGGGCCAGAUCGUGCACGCCGCGUGCGGCGCGAUGAAGGUGCGCCCGACGGGGGCGAACGUGAGCUUUCCGCCGCAGGGGGACGAUGCGCUGCCCCAGGGGUUCCGGAUCGAGGUCGAUCUGGAGGAGGAACGCGGCGGCGUGUUGGAGGCGGAGCUCGCGGCGAAUCUGGCCACGUUGGCCAAGCCGGGGUAUGGACGGUGGAUUGGGACGGUGAAUGGGUGGGUUGGUGGGGUGCAGUUCGAGGGAGUUUCGGGAUAUGAGAUGGUUAAUUUCUUUUAG